AUGGCAGAAACAAGGUACGUGCCGCCAGUCAUAGAUUCACAGCCACCAAGUGUCUACCUUUCCCGACUUGAACGUAGCUUACAAUCAGGUAUAGCGAGAUUGGAAAAGGCCAGAAACUCAGAUGAUUCGGAAUUUCUUGUUCUCCAUGAAGACUCAGAUGGAGAAGAAGAGAGAAAAAUGUUAAACACUCCUUAUAACUUAAUUGAUUAUAUAAGAAAUCGGGAAUAUGGAAUGCGAAAGUAUCAUUCAGUAAAUACAAAUUUUAGUACAAGGCAUGUACUAACACAUAUCUUAUUCAAAGAACAUUCUAUACCGUUGAAAACAAUGAAUAAAGUUUUUUGUUCACAAUGGCUUAGUAAAAAUGAAAUUGUCUUUGGUACGAAAUGUAAUAAAUUAAUGGUUUAUAAUGUAAAAUCAUAUAAACUGGACCAAAUACCAUCGAUAAAGGGACAUUUAGAUGAAGCAACUAAUCAACGAAGCGGUAUUCGUUCAUUAAAAAUUAAUCCGUCCAGAACAUUAUUGGCAACAGGCGCAUAUAAUUCUAAUGAAAUCUGUAUUUAUAAGAUGUCAACAUUAAAUCCAAUUGUUCUAGCCGAAGGUGCUCACAAGGAUUUGAUAUUCGACAUAGAAUGGUUAGAUGAAGAGUUUUUUGUAAGUGGAUCACAGGAUAAUACGAUUGCUUUAUGGCAAGUUCGAGACAUAAGCCAAGAAAAUUAUGAUUGUGAUGGUGACCUCAUACAACCAGUUACUCAAUUUCUCAAGCCUACAGUUAUAAGAAAUUGCAAGACAGCACAAAACGUCCGAGCAAUCACAUUUAACGAGAGUUUAAAAGAACUGAUUACAUUGUCACUAAAUGGAUAUGUUCAUGUUUGGGAUGUUGAACAUUUUAGACAAAAGUUUUCAAGAAAACUUUCUUAUAAUCAGGAAAUUUCCUGCAUGGAAACGAAAAAUGAUAGUAGUUUAUAUGCUGUUGGGUCCAAAUUAUAUACACUGUUAAUUGAUUCAAGAACUAUAGAAAUCAUAAAAAAAAUUCCUGCAAUGGUGUUGAAUAGGGGUGUGCAUAAAUUCAAUUAUGGAGUUAGGUCUUUAAGUUUCCAGGAUAAUUUAAUUACAAUUGGUACAGGUUUUGGUAUUAUAAUGUUCUAUGAUAUACGGGCUGGAAAGUACUUAGAAUCUAGUAUUCACUCCAGUAAAAAAGUUGUGUUAAAAACAAGUACAGGUUAUGCUGAUCCUGAUGAAGAUUUAAUGGCGGAUUACGAAGUUCAACUAGUCAACUAUAAACCUUCAAUUUAUACACAUUGCUAUGAUUAUUCAGGAACCCGAUUAUUUUCUGCUGGUGGACCGUUCCAAGCUAAUAUGUCUGGCAUUUAUGCAAGUUUAUGGCAGUAA